CCGUCCGUUAGUGCACGCAUUCUCCCCGGCUGGCUGUUGGAUACCACCGUAACUGUGGUCGAUGGUGAUUUCCAUUUUCUGCACAAGAAUCGGUCCAAGUUCCAGAUUCGGUUACUUUUUACGGCAGGAUGCCCUGUCUCAAACGCUCUGAAGCUAGCGCCGAUGCCGCCGAGGUCCAACACGGUGGGGCUGUGGGGAUAAGAAUGCGUUGUCUCCGGAUUUUGUCCCAGGUCUUCGGAUUCCGACCCCCCAUUCGAGAUUUCCACCUACUUCAAGCUUGUUGCUUGUGGUUCAUUUUGACAUUUCUUCCGUUCCAGAAUUUUGGAUCACCAUCGACAACAUGAAGGACCUUUUAUCACGCGCUCUGACGCUGGCAACUGCGCUCUUCCAGCGACAGGCUCUUGUCUGGGAUGGCACAUGCUCAACGGGCAUACACAUGAUCGUUGCCCGUGGAUCUACUGAACCUGACGGGUAUGGCCGGAUUGGAGUUGUGGCCCAGAAUGCUUCCUUGCUGAUACCCAACUCUUCAAUUGCCACCAUCGUCUAUCCAGCAACAUUCGAAAAUUACAUUACCUCCUAUGCAACGGGAGCCUCCGAGUUUGAGAAGCUUGUCCUUCAAUAUGUGGACGCCUGUCCUGAUAGCAAGGUCGCUCUGCUGGGCUAUUCGCAGGGAGCUCACGCCAUGAUGGACGCUGUCUGCGGAAACAGUGAUGAUGGGUUCUUUGUGUCCCCCGAAUUCCAGAAGGCACUUGGCUCGCAAGUUAUUGCAAUGGUUGCAUUUGGCUCCCCUGACUUCAAUAAAACUCACCCCUGGAGCGUUGGCACAAGCACCGGUGCGGGCUUGUUCGCUCGUAAAAACAUCACCGCUUGUGAGCCAUACGCAGCUAGAAUUCGCAGCUGGUGUGAUGAAGGUGAUAUUUAUUGCGACCUGGGAUCAGACCGGUCGGUCCAUGGUUCAUACUUUGCCAAUUACACCCUCGACGCAGCCGAGUUCAUUGCAGAGAGGUUCAACAGCUCUGACACCGUCGUUGACCUCCCUACAACUACUGCUCCUCCUACCACCACACCAACUCAGUCGGGAACCGAGACAACCGAUGGGACGACAACUGAGACAACUACAGACACGACAACAACCAGUACCCCAGCCUCCGGCGCUGGAUCGUUCAACCCCUCUUGGAUAAUGAUACUGUUGAUGGCGGGCACCUUGAUGAUUUGGACCGAGCUUCUAUGAGUCUGCCGUAGAAAGCAUCUCACAGCCCUCAGAAUCGUGCUUGGUCAUACUGUUUGUUAUAAAGGCGGUCAGAUCUAUGCUUGGACAUCGCCUUCACUUGUACAUAGCCACCUCUGGAUUUAGCUUGCGGGAAUGCAAACGACCUGAGCUUUCCAAAUGAUUGCAUGAAUGACGCUAUCUCUGCAAGGGCCCAUAUUGGCCUCGAAAGAUAUGACUGCAUCUACACAAUAUUUAACAAGUCACAAAUCUGUGACAG